AUGGGAAUCCACGGCCUGGCCAAGCUGAUCGCCGAGGUGGCCCCGGGAGCCAUCCGGGAGCAGGACAUCAAGGCUUAUUUUGGGAGGAAAGUGGCCAUCGACGCCUCCAUGAGCAUCUACCAGUUCCUCAUCGCCGUGCGCCAGGGGGCAGAGGCCCUGCAGAACGAGGAGGGGGAGACCACCAGCCACCUGGUGGGCAUGUUCUACCGCACCAUCCGCAUGGUGGAGAACGGCAUCAAGCCUGUGUAUGUUUUUGAUGGCAAACCCCCUCAGCUGAAAUCUGGGGAGCUGGAGAAACGCAGCGAGCGCCGAGCCGAGGCGGAGAAACACCUCCAAGAAGCUCAGCAAGCUGGGGAGGAAGCUGGCGUGGAGAAAUACACCAAAAGGUUGGUCAAAGUGACCCCCCAACACACCGAGGAGUGCAAAAAGCUGCUGAGGUUGAUGGGCAUCCCCUACGUGGAGGCUCCGGGGGAGGCUGAAGCCAGUUGUGCAGCCCUGGUGAAGGCCGGCAGGGUCUACGCCGCCGCCACGGAGGACAUGGACUGCCUGACUUUUGGCAGCCCCGUCCUCAUGAGGCACCUGACAGCCAGCGAGGCUAAGAAGCUGCCCAUCCAAGAGUUCCACCUCCAACGUGUCCUUCAGGAGCUGGAGCUGACCUGGGAGCAGUUUGUGGAUCUUUGCAUCCUCUUGGGUUGCGAUUACUGCGAGAGCAUCCGAGGCAUCGGGCCCAAGAGGGCCGUGGAGCUCAUCAGGGAGCACAAGAGCAUUGAGAGGAUCAUCCAACGCCUCGACACCCACAAAUAUCCCCUGCCUGAGAACUGGCUGCACAAAGAAGCCCAGAAGCUUUUCCUGGAACCCGACGUCGUCGACCCUCACGCCGUGGAGCUGAAGUGGUCGGAGCCCGACGAGGAGAAGCUGGUGGAGUUUCUGUGUGGGGAGAAGCAGUUCAGUGAGGAAAGGAUCAGAGGAGGGGUCAAGAGGUUGAGCAAGAGCCGCCAGGGCAGCACCCAGGGGCGCCUGGAUGACUUCUUCAAGGUCACUGGUUCCAUCACCUCGGCCAAACGCAAGGAGCCCCAAGCCAAGGGCUCGGCCAAGAAGAAACCCAAGAUCACCAACACCAAGGGCAAGAAGGGGAAGUAG